AUGAAACUUCAACUUGAACUAAAUCGCAAGUCUUUAGAACCUAGACGUUAUCAUAGUCAAGGUUUUGCUAAACUUAGAAAAAGCAAACAAUUAGAAGUUGGUUAUUACAAUUCUGAUACUAAAGAAGGUGCUGAAGUAAAAAAAAUAUUUCAAGCAAAUUUUUAUUUAGACUUUGCUGAUAGAACAGAUGAUCAAUACUUGAAUAUUGAUGAUAUUACUGAUCAAAUUAUAACUAAUAUUUCUAAAUCAAAGCCUAGAGAACAAGUAAUAGCUUUUUCAAGUAAUGUAAAAUACCAAACUACAAAAAGAAAAAUUAAUAUAGUUGAAGCCACAUCAUCAAAAAAACAAAAGCUUGAUAAUAAUAUCAAUAGCCAGCCUGAAUCAACAAGGUAG